AUGCGGAUAACUCGCGGUUUCUCCCUCACAAAUUUCGCCAUUGCUACCUCAGCACUCGCAUUCCAAGUUUUUGUACUAUACCCUUGGCACCAACGGCUUGAUGACGACUUCACGGAACUGAAAGCCGAGCACUUGCGCUACGCGAAGGAAGGGGAGGACCGGCGGCUGCAAGAACUGAAAGGGAUCAGGGGGGAACUGGAGGCAUUAAGGAAGAAGGGCGCAUGGUGGUCAUGAGGGUGCAGGUGGCACCAGGCACGAUGAUACGGCACAUCGAACUUCUCGCUGUACUAGUGAUCUUACAACCCUAGAUCUCACGCUUUGUCAAUCCGUCGGAAUCGCUUCAUAGCCGGCCCUCCAAUCCCAAAGUCGCCUAUUCGAUCCACACAAUCUAGCACCAGCUCUAACUAUUCCGAUCCAUAUGCAUUGUGUUCGAUGAAAGACUAUUUGAUUAUUAAGUUCCUCUUUCUACAAAGGUAGCAUCAAGCAAUUCAUCGGCCUUGUUGGGAUCUACUUCGAGGCAAUAGAAGACGAGGCAUACGCACUUAUGCCAGCUUCUUCUUCUAACUUAAUUAGCUGACAGGGCAACUCUUUCUAGCUGUCGUUUUCGUGAAUCGAAC